ACCACCCGUGUACAAUCUAAUCCUGCUGAGAUCCAAAACUAACAAUGCCAUGUUGGAUCUAUGUCUGAUGACCUGUGACAUGACACCAACUGCAACCUUGGAGAGCAGGAGGGUUCCAAUGGCUCUAGCUCUUCUAUAUAUACAAAGAUGGAAAGAACUCCCCUUCCAACAACCGCUCUAAAAGUCAUCAAAGCAUUACAAAUCUUCUCCUCACGAGUCACAAACAAAAAUGGCAGCUAACGCCCAUAUCCGCUCAAACAGCUUCCCUUCAAGAACUCACCCCGCGAUUGACAAUGUGGAGGAGCAGCUAGCUCGGCUCCAAUCCUCCGAAGGAGGAUCCUCCUCAUCCUCAGCCUCAUCGGUGUGCCAAAAGUUGGGAGGCCUUAAGGAUCUGUACGACAGCAUAGAUGACUGGCUUCAGAUGUCUCUGACACAACAGGACCUUUCCAGUCAGAAUAACAGGAAAUGCAUGGAGGACUUGUUGGAUGGAUCUCUGAGAACAUUGGAUGUUUGCGGGACACUCCGGGAUGUUCUGUCACAGAUGAAGGGAUGCAUUCAGGAAUUGGAGUUGUCCUUCCGGAGAAAGAGAGGAUCAGAUUCCGGAUUGGCAAGUGAAGUCGAAGCGUACGUCAUCUCAAGAAAGAAGAUGAAGAAACUCAUCUCCAAGACUCUGGAGAGUUUGAAGAAGAUGGAGAAGCAAAGCAACUUAAACAAGGCAGCUGAGGAGGAAGAUGAAGCUGCUCUUAACGUACUAAGAGAAGUCGAACAGAUCAACAUCUCAGUGUUCGAGUCCCUGCUCUGUUUCCUUUCUAGGCCAAAAACAAGGUCUAGUGGUUGGUCUGUGGUUUCGAAACUGAAGUCAUCUAAGCGCAUUUCAUGUGAAGGAGCAGCAGAUGCUAAUGAAAUCGAAGAAUUGGAUCAUGAACUGCUCGCUUUGAAAUUGAGCAAAGUCAGCAGCAUUCAAGUAUGCGGUACACUGAAACAAGCAGAGUCGAUAAUCCAGGAAACUGAGGAGGUUUUGGAAUGCAUUUUUAGGUGUUUGGUGAAAACACGAGUUUCCCUCCUCAACACUAUCAACCAUUAAGAUAAAUUUUGUAGCUUGUAUAGAAUGAUGUAAAUAUCAGCAAUCAAGUGUAAAUUGCUCAAUACUUCAAUCAAAUAUUCUA